UUCAUACCAUUACGAUUCCGAUCAUGCCUUUUCAAAUUCCCGAGAAAAUGCUGAAUAAAGGAAGAAAUUAACAAGCUUCGGGAAAAUUACAAUCCGCAUUGUCUUUCUCUUUACUUGGAUUGAAAUGGGGAAUUGGGCAACCCAAUCGAGAAGUGUAUUAUUAUAUGCGAGUUGGAUUUUAUGUUCCCUAUCCUUACAAUCAGAAAAUGAUAUGAGAACAAAUGGGCACUUUUUUGAGGUUAGGUUGAUGACACUGUUGUAAACCCUUUUCGCUGUUUGGGAUAAGCUUUAAUUAGGGAAAUUCAGAAGCAAAUUUUGUAGCUUUUAUGUAUGAUUAGUUCGUAAUGUAGGAAAAGACGGUUUCUUGCUUUAGAUUAAGGGUUUGAUGGCUAUAAAGAGGUGUCAUUGAUCUUAGGAAUGGCUUAGCGGACGUAGCUGAAAAUAUUGUAUAGGUUGUUCUGUGUUUGAAUCAAAGAUUUAUGGCUUUGAGGUGUUAGAGGCUAAGAGGGCAAGUCCAAAGUUAGGUAUGUAAUGGAUGAACUAGGUUCUCGAGAAAGUGAUCUGGAUUUUGACUUGGAAAGUGGUGACACUGAAAGCUCCGAUGAAGAAGAAUUACAUGAAGAGUCAAGUUCAGAUGGUAAACGUCCCAGGAAAACAAUGGCUAGGGCAAGAAGUGGAUACUUGUAUGUUGAUGGAUCAAUAGCAGCUAGUGAUGAGCUAAGCACAAGCAAGAAUGUUUUGAGUAUUGGUGAGAAUAUGGAUAUGUUAGCUAGUAGCACGGGGAAAAUGGCAGAAGGAGGAAUGGAGAAUAGAAUGGGAGAUAAACAGAAAAAGAAGAUCCCUAAGAAGCAUCCCAAGCCACCUCGGCCUCCUACAGGGCCAUCAUUACAUGCAGCUGAUAUAGAAUUGGUCAACGAAAUUUCAAAGCGUGCGAGGUUGCGGCGUGCAAGGAGAGAAAGAAUGAAUGCAUUGAAGAGAAUGAAAGCUGAUAAAACCUCGUCGUCAAAGAUCAACUUUUUGGCAAUGGUCGUAACCGCUAUCUUCUUCUUGGUGAUAAUCUUUCAAGGAAUCUUGGGUUCUCGUGCAUGAACUACGUUUUCAUAAAUCCCACAGUACAGACAACCCCAUCUGCGAGUGCAACUCAUAGGCUGGCUCUCUCUUUACAAGGCGGCGUAGUGCAAGACAAGAAGAGGCAUAUGAAAUCAUCACAGCUACAUUUCUUUUCCUUAGUCAUGGUCUCUGAGGUGUAACUGGCACUGGUUGUCUACAUUCAAUUUUCUUUUUCACCUACUCAAGUACAUUGGGGUUGAGCAGAUUCGGCUUUUAUAAAUUUUGUAAAACCUUGUGCACCGAAGUUUGCAUUCCACUCUACUAAUUUUAUUGUUGAAAGAUAA